GGCAGUAGGAGUACAUAUUACGGUUCCCAGGAUGGGUUGUCUUCUGUCUGUGGUGGGAAUAUUUCCCUGAAGUCCUAAUGGACGGCGCUGGGAAACCUCAUACUUUGAUUCCGAACCAGUUUCCGAGUAAGAUUCCGUUCGGUUUCUGGAGUUGUACUGGUUCCGAACGAUGCUAGUACGUGUUUAAGCUAGCGACACGUUUCCGGGGAGUGGGCGUCUGUUUAGUGGGGUAUCGUCCAAAUAUUUGGCGUUUAGUGGACUCGUUGGGGAAAUUGUGUUUAUGUUGUUAACUUUUCUAGAGAAGCGGUAAAUAAAGAGUUGAGGAACAUGAACGCAGCGGAGUCCAGGAAAAAACGGUUCUGAGAUGGUUCCGUCAUGACUGAACUGCUGUGGAUUCUGACCUGCUUGCCGCUGGCUCUGACAGCUGUGAGUACGCUGCCAGCACCAAUAAACGUAAAGGUGACCGUGGAUCAGUCGGGUUACGUGCUGAGAUGGGAACCGGGAGUAGGAACCCCCAAUGGGACGUCUUUCAACGUUUAUACCUACAGAGAGAAACCAAUAUAUCAGUGGGUCUCAGUAUGCCAAAGCGUUCAGAGUCCACUGGCCUGCAACCUGACUAAAACAUUUGGGGACCUACUGCAUAACUUUAAAAUCAAGGUGGAGGCUCACCUGGGGAACCGCACAUCCAAAUCAGCCCAACUUGAAGAUUAUAAACCAGCAGCCCACCUGCCUCUGCCCAGGCUGAUCGUCACAUCGUGCAGCAACAAACUCUGCCUGAGCUUCCAGCCUCCAUACUCUCGCUACCAGGAGACCUACGACAAUAUCAGUUAUGAUCUUCUGAUCAAGAGCAGCAACACCAAGAUCAUAAACAUUCGUUCUCUGGAAAGAAUGGAAAAUGUGACGGAUCUGGUUCCGGGCAAUGAUUACUGCGUCUCCAUCCGGUUCAGCUACACCCUGUAUAAACUGUGGUCCAACUUCAGCCAGCCUGAAUGCAUUUCCGUCCCAAAAGUCUUUUCUUCAGACGCAGUCAUUUCUGCAGUGCUAAGUUUACUGGUGAUGGGCAUCAUCGCUGUCUUUGCUCUGCUGUUCUGGACCGGUUUCAUCUGUCUGAAACGGCGUCCGAUGCCUUCGGUUCUGACCUCCAUUUCUCACUUAGAAGAAGUGAAAGUUUCGUCCUGUGGAGAUGCCCAAUCGUCUCUGCUUAAGGUCAGGUCGAUGGCGCCCCCUGGAGGCAAGAGGACAUCCAGCAGUUCAGAGGAAUCAGAUGAGGAGAGCUGCACAGAAAACUCCGGUUUGAGCUCCUCUGGAGCAAAUUACGCUCUGCAUCAGGGCGCCAACCCGCUCUCCUCCACCUCAUCAUCUUCAUCAUCCUUAUCUUCUGCUUCCAAACCGAAACCUCCACCCAACCGGACCCCUGACUCGCAGCACGAGGUUCUAGUUGUUAUAGAACCUCGGCCUGGAGCUGAACAGAAACUUGAUAGUUUAGAAAAAAGGAUAACUGAGGAAGAGGAGGCGGCGGUGAACGUUGGACAGGAAGUGAACCUCCUCACUUUGACUUUCGGCUGGCCGGAGGAGGAAGAGGAGGAGAAAGCAGAUGAGGAAGGCUGCCCAGAUGUUCCAGAUGAGUUGCGCGCUCUGGCAGCUCCUCUGGCUCAUCCUCCUCAGCCUGCUGAUGAUGCCGCGGCGUCAUACUGUACUGAUGAAGAUGAAGCUUACGAUGACUGCGACUACAUGUGCAGACAGGCCAUGUGACGCGUCUCCAAUCCUGUCUGGAUCAGCUGGACUGACCCGGUUCUGGUCAGGAAUAGAUUUCCACUCCGCCUUCUUUAAAACAAAUCUACACAUAGAUUUGUCAUCAGAUUGGAUCUUCCUGUGUCAGUUACUGCAUGUUGGCACUUCAGAUCAUUUAGUGGAAGACCUUCAACCUCCCCAGAUCCAAACCAGUGUUGGGUUUUGUUUUUUGUUUUUUUUUAGAUUAACGAAGCUAAACGAAUAGAAACAUAAAUGCAGCGUGCGCUGGGCGCCUACCGAGCCACUCCUUGAUGAACCCAAACGCAGCCAAUGUUUUCCCUCAGGGUGAUGAAUCGCUGGUAGCAUGUACAUCUGUGCUGCUACGAGUCUCCAUGGUAACGAUUCAAACCGCUUUCUAGCCCUCCCACCGACAAAACCACAGUUAGCGGCUGGAGUCUGUUCAGCCCACAAACUUCAGAACCAGGGGUGGGCUUAAGAUACUAUUUUCAUAACGAUGAAGUGACAAUAAGGGCUACUUGCUUCUUUUCUAGGUAACUGAAUGGCUGAGUAUCACAUGAUACAGUUUGCUGGACAAUAAAUUGUCCCUGAAAUUAUUGCGUUAAGCGAUAUUAUCAUUUUGACACCAUUAACUAAUAAUAAUAAAGGCAUAUUUAUGCAAGUAUACCAACUCAAAGAUUUAAAAAACUUUAAUUCCUACAGAAAGUUUAACCUGAAAACAAAACAACAAUGAUUAAAAUGGAUUAUGACGUCUAUAAUUAAAAUUGGCUUAAUUAUAGAGUGAGUGCCCCCAGGCAAAAGGGACAGUGAGUGCAAACUAACUACUUAGUUCUCGACUCAAAUGUUUAUCAAAAUAACGGCGGUUUUUCAGUGAUGUUACUGGGGAGGAUCUCUGUAACGAUUGUUGUCCAAACUGAAAUGAUCCAACCUGUUUUAACUUGUCAUGCUAUUAAUUGAUUUAUUGUGACGGGCAAUAAUAACCCCACAAACACAAGUAUUACUCUUGAAAAAUGCUCCUUUUUGUAAAAGCUUUCUUAGGCCAGUCACAUAAAAAAUAUUAUUUAUAUUAUUAGGCUGCAAAUCAUAAAUGCUUUUAAUCAUAUUUUCACAUUUAUUGAUUCUUUCAUUGAACAAAUAGUGGGGAAAAUAGUAAAGGUAUGAUAGUUUUAAACAUUAAUUGGAAUUUAUCAUGAUGACGAUAUAUCAAGAUUCUUGCCAUACGAAAUGUAUUACGAUAAAUGAUAAACGAUAUGAUAAACGCUGAGCCCUCGUUCUUGAUUCUGCCCUGUUUGAUGGUUUAUGUUAGCUUAUUAUCUGUUCUGCUCUUUGUAGAGUAAAACUAGUAAAAUACAAGCAAAUGUUCUCUGGUUAAUUAGUCAGAAUGUUUUUCCCCACUGUUGGAAAUGCGCAACGGUUGCUUGAAAACUGACUGGCACAGCAACAAGCAGGGGAGGGUCACUUAGGCUGCAUUCACACCAGUCUUGUUUAGUUUGCUUUAAUUGAACUCUAGUUCAUUUGCCUAGAAAGUCCGGUUCGUUUGGGGAGGUGUGAAUGCAUAAAAAGCAAACUGCUAGAUUUAGACAAAACUUAAUAGGAAUAAUUAAUAUUUUUGCACGUUUUUAGACUUGGAUUUGGUUUCAAUAAACAGCCAAAUCACUUAAAAAACAUUCAGAAGUGCUUUUGGCAAUAAGUUGUCCAUUUCAAAAACCUCCCAAAUGUUGCGUUACGAAUCAGCAGGCACUGCCCGUUACCGAGCAACGCCAGCCCGUUACUGAGCAACGGUCUGAGUGGACCGUUGAGUGGCCCAAGUGGAACUCCAGAACGUUUGAUUAGUUUUCCGUUCAUCCGGCGGCUCAUCAUCCCCUCAUUUCUAACUUUAACCGCCCGGUUUCUCGUUUACACCUCGUAGGUAUUUGUUUCAGAUUCGAUUCUGGCAUUUCUUUUAACAUUUACAUCAUGCAAAAGGACCAAUUAUUAGUUUUCUGGGUAUUAUUUUAAAGUUCAGCUGUGAAAUGAAAACAUUUCAUCAUCUUUUGUUCCUGCACUCCAAAAACACUGAAGUAUUUUUGGUCUGGUGUACUUGAAAUAAGACAAAACAUAUAAGUAACCUUUCGGCAAAAUAUAGGAGUUUAAGUGAAUAAUUUCUUAAUAUUGAUGAAAAAUUACUAGUUUUACUGGUAAAUUAUUUCUAUUACAUAACAUUUUUGCAGGUUUAUGUGGGAAUGUUAAUAUUAAGGAAUUAUUACCUAAAACAAGUUUUUGUAUCUUGCUAAAACGUUACUUUAAUUAGUUUUGUCUUAUUUUCAAGUGUGCUAAGAUAUUUCCACUAAACUAGACCAAAAACAUUUUGUGUUUUUGCAGUGUUUUUCACUUGUUACAGUAUUUUUUUUGUUGUAUCCGUUUGUCUUUUUUUUCCAAAUGGACUUUUAAAGGUGAAUCAUGAACCAACAGCUGUGCAGAUGCUACAUUACCUCGUUUUCAGCUGAUUUAGAUAAAGAUGCACUGACCUUUUCUAUCAUUUUGUUCUGUGAAGCCAUUUUUGGUCUGUAAACACCUCAAUUAGAUUGACCUAUUUUUAGUUCAUGAACAGUAAUUAGACACAGUUUAGGAAGAUUUUGAUACUUAACUCGUGUAAUUUUUACUGUAUAAUUUGAUUUUAUGUUUUAAGUUGGUUAAAAAAGCACAAUCAGGAACUCCUAAGUUUUGUUUUGCUCUGAUAAAGGUUGAUGUUAACCCAGGUGGUUAACUCUUUCCAAAUCUGUAUCAGAUACUGCAGUCUGGAUGUUUUGGUGAAAUGUUGCCAUAUUUUUUAGUUGUUUUGUUUAAAUGUUCAAUAAUAUUCAUUUUGUAAUCCUGACUGUUCGAUCAAAUUCUCACCUUGUUCAGCCAUAAUCAUUUUGCCUGUGAAAUGGGACCGCUCCGUAUGGAACGCUCCGUCUGUUGCAUCUUUUAUAUUUUUGUAUUUUGCACUGAUGAUGGGAAAAUUGUAAAUAAAUUGUACAAAGAAGCAGUUUUUUAAA